UAUACGCACUUCGACUUUCGAUUAGUUAGUAUUGUGAUUACUUUAAUUUGUAUUACCUUUACUUACUUCAACAACAUGAUGAAAUCUUUGAUUAUCAUGGCGAUCAUCGUGUCCGUGGCCGUGGCCGACGAAAAGAAUACUGCAAAACCAGAUAAACGUCAAAUAUCUUCGUACAACGGAGGUACUGCAGCUAUCGCUCAGUCGUUACAAACCCCGCAGCCGACACCUGCUGCAGUAGCGGUCAAUAACGCACCUUCGUAUCAACCGAGUUAUUUACCGACUUGUGUCGUACAACCUUAUGGCAAUUCCAUUUUCACUAAUCCAUCAGUACCCGUAUAUCAGCCUCCGUAUUACAACGGGCCCGCCGAAUCGUUUGUACCGCAAUACCAACCGCAGCAAUAUCCCAUUGCAUAUCAGCCACAGCAAUAUCCGGUCUCUUAUCAGCCGUCGCAAUAUCCAGCCACGUAUCAGCCACCACAAUAUCCGGCCGCGUACCAGCCGUCACAAUAUCCGGCAACGUACCAACCGACACAAUAUCCAGCCACGUACCAGCCAUCACAAUAUCCAGCCACUUACCAGCCGUCGCAAUAUCCGGCCACGUACCAGCCGCAACAAUCCGGCCAAAGUCCGGUGCCGUAUUCGUACAGUUACUUCUCUUCUUCGGCCAACAACGCCAACAACAACGCGCAGUUGUCCACCACCAAGAAGUAGUACGUGUUUUUAAACAUUAAUCGACCCCGGAGGAUAUACCUAGUUAUAUAAUACUGUCAUACGUAUUUUUGUCAAAACAUAAAUAAUAAUAAACACAAACGGUU